AUGGAUGAGAGCAAGGUUGACUACAUACUUGAUGAGUUUGAUUAUUUCUGGGAGACUCCAUUCGGUGAAACUGACCCCUCGUUUCCAACCUGCAAGGUUGACCGACCGGAGAAGGGGGAUCCAACCGUACUCAUGGGGAUCAUGAACCAUAUGUUGAAUCACGACCUCAUGGGCGUCGUCAUGCCAGAUCAGAUCCAUACAGAGAAGACAAAUUCAGAGUAUUCUAUCCAAAAACAGGUAGACCUUUGCGAAAGCAGCUGGGGCAGGCGACCGAAUGUCGUUCUUUUGGAUUGGGUUAACGUUGGAGAGGCAAUGGACGCCCAGAUAUCUCUGAAUGGUUUACGAGGAUCGCACAGUUGA